CGAUCGUCUUGUGCUUAGGUGGGAGUCUACUAUAGUACAACUAAAACUUAGUUCCAGGGUUCUUGUCUUGAGACGUGCACCGUCUUCCAAACCCGAAUAGUUUUGUUUCUUUUUCAGCCAACAUACUUUAACCUGGACCCGCCAGUUCAGGCCUACGACAGUUUGACGCUCACGCCCCAAAAGACGAGAGAGAGCAUGACGAUUGGAACUUAAUUUGAUCAAGCCCCAAAAUAUUCUUUGACCGAUCCGCUCAGACUCACGUCUUCAUCAGCAGCAGCUUCUCUUUAUUUUGUUUUAUUUUUUUGUUAAUCCACUCGGAGUGUUGCAUCCACAAAGAUCCUUCGUCUUUCGAAUCAAAGAUCCAAGAUUCAAGAACGUAGAAACUUCUCCAGCGACCCUACCCUCUCCCUCCCGAUGCCAGCCGACUCCACGCCGCCGGCGAUCAUCCGUCCCAUCCCGCGACGCCCUUUCAACGUCAACCUGACGAGCGCUACUCCUCCGGACGAUGAGUCGGCGUCGGACUCACACCCUGCCCGCAAUGGAGACUCUACCACCAGCUUGAGAUCAAGUCUACUCGACCCCAAGCGACAAUCAUCUUCACAGUUUUCCACCGAUACUCCCGAAGAGACCGACUCUGCAUCCAUGUCACGCACCCAAUCUGUCUUGAACCUUACCCAAUCCGCCUUGUUUGGAAUAUACAGCCCGACCAUGACAGGAAACGGCAAAUCUCGAGGCAAUCCGUAUUCUGACCGAACGGAGCCAGGAACACCUUGGGGGACCGGCGCCCAGACCCCUGGGCGUCCGGGACUGUACGGUUCGACCACUGAGGAGGAGGACGACCCCGAGCGUGCCGAAGCUCUGCUGCAACUGCGGGAGCGCCUCGGGGCUGCGUCAAAGUCACAAAAUGGUGGCAUGCUCACCGGCCCAAUGUCACCAGCCGGGGCCCACUUCGAGCCGGCAACAGCACUGCCAGCUCCGCAGCCCAUGGGAUCUGUGGACCUCCUGACGCUCACGGCCAAGGCGGUGCUACUGUUUGUGCUGGGAGCUUGCUACGGAAUGGUCGUAUAUAGGCUACGGGAUGAGCACAUGUCCACCUCCCUGCAGCAACAUCAACAACGGCAUGCUACCAGCUUCUUCCCCGCCAAGGGCUCCUACGACAAGAUGUACAUCGCAUUCUGGGGCGCCUCCGGCGUGCUGCUCGGUUCUCUCCUUCCGUGGUUCGACCAGUUCUGCGAUCGGACUCUUGGACCCAAGACUAAUUCCGGCCGUUCCACGUCUGCCGAGGAAGUGAAGGAAGGCUCCACACCUGAUACUGACUGGGCUCUGGUCAUCCGUGGUGUAGGCUGCUUCGCGGGCAUCGUUUUUGCUAUUCGCAAGUUACCCUGGGAUUCGACCAUGCAGGUCUCAUUGACAUUGGCCCUGGUCAACCCUUUUCUGUGGUAUCUGAUUGACCGAUCCAAGUCUGGAUUCAUGUUGGCGAGCGCCGUCGGGGUCAUCGGGGCUACUAUUAUUGCGGGACUUGACCCGGACAUGAUGCCGACUCCCAUGCUAUACGACACGACCGGCACACCGCUGCCAAGGGGCUCCGACCCAGGCCGCACAGCACAAUUGGCUCUUGGAGGUCUUGCGCGCCGGGCAACCCUGGAAGCGGCCAUUUGGAUGCUCAGCGUACUGUUUUGCAGUUGCGUGUGCUUUGGUAACAUAGGAAGGCGGCUUGCCCUCAACACAGGGACUCCAGAAAGAGGUCGCUGGGCCGGAGUAAGGUGAAGAGAGACAAUGACAAAAAAAAAAAAAGAAAGAAAAAAAAAAAGACUUGAAGUGUGUGAAUUCA